AGAAACAAUUUUUUUAGAAGCCAUCAUACAAUACAAAAAUAAAACCAUCUAAUUUUAAAUAACCUACGUAACAAUAUAGGAUAACAUAGAAAAAAUAAAAUGUGAGAAAUUACAGAUAAAAAAAAUCUUUUCAAACGCACAAACGAUCACGCGUUCAGCACCAUUUGACAGAAAUCUGUCGUCCUCGCGAUACGACCUAAUUCACCUUGAAUAACACAUUUUCUAAGAAAAAAAAUUAAAGUCAUGGCAACUAUAAAACCAUAUUUAUUAAAGACCAUUAAAUUGUUAACCAAAAGGCAAUUAUCCACAUUUAGAACAUUAAGUGCUAAACAAAUGACAGUAAGAGAUGCUUUAAAUACAGCAAUUGAUGAAGAAAUGGAAAAAGAUGAGCGAGUGUUUGUUCUUGGUGAAGAGGUAGCUUUGUACGAUGGUGCUUAUAAAGUUACACGAGGGUUGUGGAAGAAAUAUGGUGAUAAACGUGUUAUUGAUACCCCAAUUACGGAGAUGGGAUUUGGUGGUUUAGCUGUAGGUGCAGCAAUGGGGGGUUUACGUCCUAUUUGUGAAUUUAUGACCUUUAAUUUUGCAAUGCAAGCCAUCGAUCAUAUUAUUAACUCGGCUGCGAAAACGUUUUACAUGUCAGCCGGUCGGGUUAAUAUACCAAUCGUGUUUCGCGGACCAAAUGGUGCUGCAAGUGGUGUCGCCGCACAACAUUCCCAGUGUUUUGGGGCGUGGUAUGCUCAUUGUCCAGGUUUAAAAGUUAUCUCACCAUAUAAUUCUGAAGAUGCUAAAGGAUUAUUAAAAGCUGCUAUUAGAGAUCCAGAUCCGGUGGUUUGUUUAGAAAAUGAAAUCAUGUAUGGAGUACAAUUUCCCAUGACCGAUGAGGCGUUAUCGAAAGAUUUUGUACUACCAAUCGGAAAAGCUAAGAUCGAACGAGUUGGAAAACAUGUUACAAUAGUGGCACAUUCUCGGGCAGUUGAGACUGCUUUAGAAGCAGCUAAAGAUUUAGCGGGGAAGGGUAUUGAAGCCGAGGUGAUUAAUUUAAGAUCAUUGAGACCGUUAGAUUUUAAUACAAUAGCUAAAUCGGUUGCAAAAACCAACCAUUUAGUUAGUGUAGAACAAGGUUGGCCCACUUGCGGGAUUGGUUCUGAGAUUUUAGCUCAAAUUAUGGAGAGUGAAACUUUUUAUCAUUUAGAUCAACCUGCCAUUAGAGUUACCGGAGCUGAUGUACCUAUGGCUUAUGCAAAAAGCUUGGAAUUAGUGUCUAUUCCUGGACCAACCGAUGUUACUAAGGUCGUUAAGAAAUUACUGGGUGUGAAAUAAAAUUAAUUGUGUGAAAAUAGGACUGAUGAUGAUUUUCAUGCAAUUUUUUAUGUAUAUUUAUUUAAAUUGUGUACAAAACUCCUCUUUGGUUAAUUGUUUUAAUGUACAU